CUUAAACGACAAACCAAGAACCGAAUUUAGCCUUUAGAGAUUGAGUAAAGGUAAAAUAUACACCCUAAUGGAGGGGAAAAAGUCUUUUUCUGGAGCGCGUUUGGUAGAAGGCAAAUUCGUUAUCCCAGAAAGCAGAAGGAAAGAUGGAAGUGUGAGGCAACAAAUACAAGUGAGACCAGGAUAUGUUGCUCCAGAAGAUAUUCCUCGGUAUAGACCUGGCGGCGGUAGAAUUUCUUUUCUGGAAAAGCAGAUGCAAAAAUUGAAGUUGGAAAAUGAAAGCAAAGCUGACAAAGGAAACCACCAGAAGAAAGAAACGAAGUUUAGUAAAUCCUUGGAUGAAAAAAGAGAUGAAAAAACAAAUAAAAGCACGGAAAAACUAGCCGAAAUUGAGAGAAUUGCAGGAAAAGACGAUACGAACGCACCUAAAGAAGGAAUUCCUCCAAGAGAAUCAGCAACAACAAACAAGGAUGAAAAUCAAAGUUUUGUACCGAAAUCUUCUAAGAAACCCGGCGGAAACUCAACUCCCGAAUGGCGAAGAUCAGCUCGACCAUUCAACCAGAAAACCUCUGAACAGCCUCCGAAAUCAAGAGUAGCUGAUAUUGCUUCACGAAAUACAAAAGGAAAAUGGAAGCAGAGUAAAGUUAUUCAUAAGGCAACAACGGACGGAGGGAAAAGUAAGUAGUAUCUUGUGGGCGGAAAAAGAAUGAAUGGUUGAAAUUACAUGAAUACAAAGAAUGACCGAAUUUUCUAAAAAAGCAAGGGAGAAGUACUCUAUUUCUGAAUAGCUUGAUGCCUGAUCUGCAGGAACGAUACUAUUGAAAACCAGCGAUGAAUAGACAAUUACUUUGUGAGCACUGAGACUUUUGAUUGUACUAGAGAUAUUCUAGAAUAUGAAGGUUGAAUCAAAAAAUAACAAUUAUUGGCGUAUGAGAAACAGAGGGUACCACUUAGGUUUUGUUGACGGUCGUGAACAAGCACGAACCUGAUUCAUAGAAAAUUGAAAUAGAAAACUUGACGAUACGCUACACUUUUCUCCUUCUAAUCAGGAUCGUUUGUCCUGGUGGGGUGUUUCGGGAUGUUUUGUUUUCAUGAACUUGUUCACCAACACCCGAUAUCAUCUUCAAAGAGAAUCGGUGAGACUACAAUCUGAAGUUUAGAUGAUUCUCAAUUCAUGAUAAUUGAAACAUACAUAGUAACUUUGUGAACACAUCAAAUGAAAUUCUCUGUUUCUAUUUAUCUGAUCAGAUAAGCUCAUAGCUUAAGCGAUCAGUAGUGAUGCGGAAAAUGAGAUACGAAUGAUUGUUCGACCUCCUUAAAUGGAACGAACAGACAAUGUUGUGGUAUUUGGAGCAAAGUGUUUGCGCUUAGC